CCCGCGCGCCGUACGGUUGGUAGGCGUGCGUUCAUCGCGCUCGACCGUCCGUCCGUCCAUCCGUUCAAACGUUCGUUCGUUCGUUCGUUCCGCGUACUGUUCGCUGUCUUUCGCUGUAUUGCCUCAUAUCGCCUUCUUCCGACUGCCGUUGCGAGCGAGUCCGACGCGUGCAAGUGAUAUUCGCACGGUUUUCCUCUGUUUCUUCCUCCGGAACUGCUUGCAGUGCCUACCCUCGAUUAUCGUCGUCCAACGGCGGUGUUCCAUCCGAGAGGAAAGCGGCGGAGUCAACGACGGGUGCUACUUGACUCGGUGAGACUCCCUCUCGGUGAGAUCUACCCUUUUGGAUUUUUCGGGAUCGUUUCUCAGGCUGGUGGAUCGUCCUCGUACGCGGUCAAUCCUUCCUGCACAUGAUCUCAUAUCAUCUAUAGGCAUCUCCAGUAACGACGAGGAUGUAGCCCAUGUGGGGCUUUUCAACGAGAGCGAACCGCACGAAUUUCAAGUCAAGACGACGAUGAUGAUGCGCGCGAUACAGGGAAGAGGAAUUGACCGAGGGAAGAACAGGUCAGCGUAGAAGAAAGAAGGAGAGAUACCUCUUUGCUCACUCGCGAGAGAACACGCCGGAUGUUAUCGCGAGACUGAUAAAAACACUGCCAGGAGUAAUGACGAGCUAGAUUGCCGCUUCGUCCGCUGAACCGUUCCUUGGUCGAUCUUAGCUUUUGCUCCUCGCUAACUGCCUCUCUACCUGCCCCCCCUUCCUGCCAGUCCCUCUUCGUGUCAGUCCUGCCUUCGUCACGUAUACACGUACACGCUUAUAUUAAUAUAUACACACAUCCGUUCUCUCUCCCUCGAGAGAUCAAAGACUGAAAAUAAAAGGUGGCGACAUGUUGGGCGUGAGUCAGCCGGGCAACACGCCCUCGAGCUUGCGGCACUCGGCGAGCUUCUCGUGCUUGCAACGCGGCACCGCCGGCGAGGGUCAUCGCGCGAGGACCUCAACAUUGCUGCAACAGCCGAGUCUACAACUGAGCAACGGUCAUCAUCAGUACACGUCCAGCGGCCAGGCGGCGGCAGCUGCGGCUGCGGCGGCCGCGCAUUGCUCUCUCCUGCAGCAUCACCAACAACAGUCCCGCGAACCGUUCGAUCCUGUCCUUCAGGACGGCAACGAUUACGGCUUCGUGCGGAUCCGUCCACGGUUGCGCAGCACGAAUGCAACCUUGUAUCACGAGGAGGAGGUGGCGGCCGCGAAGAACGCCCUGAGGGAACAGCGCGACGCCGCUGCGUUUAGCGACCGAGAAUGCGAUUCCAAUUUCAGGGACUGCCCGUUGAAAGUCAAGGAUCACCGCGACCUCUCGCCGAAGGGAACGGCCAAGAACCAGAAUCCAUUACGGGGCGCAUUAAUCCUUUUUACUUCAACAUCAUCCUGGUGGAAGGCCCGACAACGGGAGGAACAGCUAAAUGCAACUGGCGGUGCCACUGCCGCUAUCAGCGCACCGUCCUCGGAACGGAAAUGGUCGGGUACUUCGAUGGCGUCACCCUCGAAUGAGAGAAAGUGGCCGUCCUCGAUGACAUCGCCUACGAAUGAACGGAAGUGGUCCGUGGGUAACAGUCUGUUGACGUCACCAUCGAAUGAGAGGAAGUGGAACAGAUCCUCGGUUUCGUCCACAUCGACGAACCAACAGGAUCGGAAAUGGCGAUCCCUUGGCGCACUUUUAAGGACUCCCGUCGGAGCCAGCAGUAGCUCUCACGUCAGCCAGAAUUCCCUGACUCAUAACAUGAGCGUAUCCAUGAUCGAGAGUGAUCACUUCCGCGAGGAAUCGCGAGGGUCGAGCUGUAAGACGCGCUAUCAACAACCGACGUCCUACUCGGCACGAGUAUCCCGUGCCAGUAGAGACAUUUACCGGGAGAACGGAGAGUUUGGUCAAAUUGUUGGCAAGUCGAAGGUCAGCCGCAGGUUGUACCAAGAUAGCGAACCGACAAUCGAGCUCGACGAGAGACACAUUACGCAUCGUAAUCGACAUCAGCUGGAUGAUCCCGAACAAUGCAGGAGCAUUAGAGAAGGACGCGACCAUUGCAGAGCCGCGGAACAGAGCGCUGUAGAGACUCGCGGCACGACCUCCACUACACGAUCGAGCCGCGCGCAAAGCUUUUAUCUUCUGGACGACUUCCUGCGACCGCAGCCACAGCAGCCGAGCAACAACAAGUGCAUGUUGAAUCUAUACAUGUCCCCGUCGCACGCCAUCAAAUGCGGCAACGAGCAUGGCAGGUCGUGCGAGAUUAGGCAGGCGACCUGCCAGCAGGCGAACGUCAGCAGCAAUAUUACGCCGCCGCGACGCCACAACUCGAGCUCGGACAGCCUCGAAGUGGCCACCAGUCCGCUGCCGCCGCCGGUGCCGCCGCCGCCGCCGCAUCAGACCGCCGGUAACACGCGGGACCGCGAACGGAAUGAGAACCCAAAGGAGCCGAGUAAGGACGUGUGCCCGUGCAAACUAUGCUGGACCAAUAUGCAGAGAUCUCUUGUGGAAGAGAGUCCUGGAACGUUGCACAAGGAUGUCGGCGGUGCUGGUACGAAGGUCAGCGAGAAAACCGUCGGUGGCGUCGGUACGGCGACCCUCACCACGCUCUCCUCCAUUAAUAACGCAUCCAACACCGGCCGUAAUAAAAACAAUCCCGUAUCUCACGAGAAACUGCCGUCUUUUUUCAACAGCAAGCCGACGCGAGUGGACAAGACGGACAACAAUAAUGCGAACAAUUCUAACAGCACGAGCAACAACAUCCACAAUAUGCCGCUGCAUGAACCCAUCAGCGCAACUUCCCCCGAAGUAUACGCUGGGAGACUGCCCAUGACGCCCCAGGAGGCGGUGAAGUAUUACGGCUCCAGACUGACGGAAUUCGAGCGUGCUGAGAUCGAGAAGUACUCGGAGAUUUGGUACCUGGGUUUGUCAGCCCACAAAAUCCACGGCGAGGAGGUCUCCUCCCAGAACGGCGGUUACGACGAUGAAAACGGCAGUUACAACAAAGUCCUGCACGAUCAUAUCUCUUACAGAUACGAGAUCCUGGAGGUGAUCGGCAAGGGAAGUUUCGGCCAGGUGAUCCGAGCGCUGGAUCACAAAACGGGACAGCAUAUCGCCAUCAAGAUUAUCAGAAACAAGAAGAGAUUCCAUCAUCAGGCUCUCAUCGAAGUGAGAAUCUUGGAACAUCUCAGAAAGAAGGAUUUAGAGAUGAACUCGCAGCACAAUGUGAUACACAUGUUAGAAUAUUUUUACUUCAGAAAUCAUCUGUGCAUCAGUUUCGAAUUAAUGAGCUUGAACUUGUACGAGCUAAUCAAAAAGAAUAAUUAUCAAGGAUUCAGCCUGAGCCUGAUCCGUCGUUUCGCCAACUCUCUAAUUAGUUGCCUGAGACUGCUCUACCGAGAAAACAUCAUUCACUGCGACUUGAAACCGGAAAAUGUGCUGUUGAAACAACGGGGGAGCAGCUCGAUUAAAGUCAUCGAUUUCGGCUCAUCGUGUUACAGCCACCAACGCGUUUAUACAUACAUACAGUCGAGGUUCUAUAGAAGUCCGGAAGUAAUUCUCGGUCUUACCUACGGUCCACCGAUCGAUAUGUGGAGUCUGGGCUGUAUCUUAGCCGAGCUGUACACAGGAUAUCCGCUGUUUCCGGGCGAGGAUGAGAUAGAGCAACUUGCUUGUAUAAUGGAGGUCCUCGGUUUGCCACCGGAGCACAUUAUCAAUCAUGCCUCUCGUCGCAGACUCUUCUUCGAUCAGAAGGGAAGUCCGCGAUGCGUGACAAACAGCAAGGGCAAGAAGAGAUGGGCAGGUAGCAAGAACCUCUCAAUGGCGCUUCGGUGCUCCGACAUGCUCUUCGUAAACUUCGUUAGCAGAUGCCUCGAGUGGGAUCCAAAGAAGCGUAUGACCCCCGACGAGGCGAUGCGUCACGAGUGGUUGACUUCGUCAUCGUCUUCGCACAUGAGCUCCUCUUCAUCGGCGAUAACUUCAUCGACAGUGAACGCGAGCGCGAAUACGACGACAACGAGUGUCGAGACGCCGCGGGAAUCCGCACACGCUCCACAGACAGUGAGCGUGACUGUGAGCGCACCGCGACAACGGGCAACGACGAUGGAGGACCCACCGUACACGAUGUACCGAUUAUAUAAAGGUCGCAAGUAUAUACAGAAGGUCUCUACAGGUACCGACGGCACCGACAAUGGUGGUGGCUUGAUGGUAAAGAGCAAGCUGAACGGUAGUGCGAGCAGUCACGCCCUGGCGAGCAGCACGCAGACAGCGACGUCGAGGCACGCAUCGACCGGCGACAUCGUUGCGAGCCUAGAUCCGAAUCUCGACGACUCAGGCACGUUCCUGCCGCCGAUAUUGUGAAGUCGGGUUUGUGCCAGCCAUUUCUAAACGGGCUAUUCGCGUAUCGACGCGAUCUGCAGACUUGCUCUUUGCACUUUGAUGCGGAAAAUGCGUAGAUGUGUAUCACUUGACAUAAGUCAAGAGCGAGUAACAAUUGAUAAAAGGCGCGUAUAGAACUGGCUGGCCGGUCCGACGUUCUCGAUGCCAAACGGCUAAUUAAUUAAACGCAGAGUCGCUAGUCUCGGCAUGUAUCGAGCUAUGAGGCCAAAAUGACGAUCUGACGACGGGAGAAGAGCGCGUAGGCAUGACGAGCAAUAUAGCAAUCGCGUGAUCGAUUCGCACUCCCGGGGACUCUGGCGAUCUAAUAUCACUCAGGUAAUCGUAAACGAACUCGCGCGCGCGCGCAUUAUCGUAGUUAUUCGCGGAAAAUAUAGACCUGUUGCCUACGAUGUGAAUACUAGCAAUCGUUAGUGUAUACCAAUUACAUUUCAUGGACCAUCGUACCUAUCUGGUUCGAAUGUUGUUUAUCUCACGCCUAUAUGAAGUUCACGAUUAACAGAUGACGAAAUUUCGGCCGUAUAAAAAAAAAUUACAAUUGUAAGUUCAAAUAGAAUGUGUAGUUUGCCUUGCUGUCGAUGAGCUGUGAGAUAGAUGAUUCAUCGUCGACAUUGCAAUUUCGACGGUAAAAAAAAGGUCGCACGUGUGAAUGCAAUCUAAAGAUAUGCCGCAUAGUAGCAUAUUUUAGAUAACUACGCGAGUGCAAGCGGCGCGAUAUCCGUAUCGUGGCAACGACAUACGAUAGAAAAGUGAGAAGCUUAAGCGAAGCAUAUUAUGAUCAAACAACGAUUCGUCCGACAUUAGUGUAAUGUCGGAGAUUACCAUCGAAUUACGGUCGCGCCUGAGAAAACCUGAGUCGUUUGAGACCUGUGUCGCCAACACAGGAUCGCGCGAUUAAUAACGAAGCGUCAAGGCGAAGAGUAACAUUAAUACAUAAAGCGUGCCCCAGUUUAACGAGGCCUGAGUAGUCUUAUUGUGAUAUUAAACUACCACUGUCUUACUUAGAUCUCUCUGAUAUUAAGAAGUAACGAUCGCUAAUAUAAUAAUUUCAAUUUACUAUUAAUCAUUAUUUUCUUAUUAUCUGUAAUAAUCGCUAUAUCGCUACUAUUACCGCAAAGAUAUAGCGGCAUAUAAGUAACGAGAAUUAUCAUCGAUAUAAUGACAGAGUUAACACUACUUAUAUACGUAGGAUGUACAGAUUUUAAUUACGCGUUUUUGAAGUCCCGGAUCAGCAGCAACAUGCUGGUCCGCUUACUAUGGAUACGUAAAAAAAAAAAAAAAAAAAAAGAAAAAAAAAAGAAGAAACUGUCC